AUGCCUUUACAGAAGAUUGAAACGGGUCAUGAGGACACAGUCCAUGAUGUUCAAAUGGAUUACUAUGGUAAGCGCAUUGCAACAGCUUCAGCAGACCAUUCCAUCAAGAUAGUUGGAGUGAGCAACAACACCUCUCAGCCUCUAGCUAAGCUUACCGGUCACCAAGGCCCCGUUUGGCAAGUAGCCUGGGCUCACCCCAAAUUUGGGUCCUUGCUCGCUUCCUGCUCUUAUGAUGGACGUGUUAUUUUAUGGAAGGAGGGCAAUGCAAACGAGUGGACCCAAGCCCAUGUCUUCGAUGACCACAAGUCCUCUGUCAACUCCAUUGCCUGGGCGCCACAUGAACUCGGGCUGUGUUUGGCUUGUGGGUCAUCUGAUGGCAACAUAUCGGUCUUCACCGCACGAGCAGACGGUGGCUGGGACACAUCGAGGAUCGAUCAAGCUCACCCUGUCGGUGUGACAUCUGUAUCUUGGGCCCCAUCAACUGCCCCUGGUGCCCUCGUGGGGUCUGGUAUGCUCGACCCAGUUCAGAAGCUCUGCUCUGGAGGCUGUGACAACACUGUGAAAGUGUGGAAGCUAUCCAAUGGGACAUGGAAGAUGGACUGCUUCCCUGCUCUUCAGAUGCACGCCGAUUGGGUGAGGGAUGUAGCCUGGGCACCGAACUUGGGGCUCCCAAAGUCCACCAUUGCUAGUGCAUCUCAAGAUGGGAAGGUCAUCAUAUGGACAGUGGCCAAAGAAGGGGAGCAGUGGGAAGGCAAAGUGUUGAAUGAUUUCAAGACUCCUGUGUGGAGGGUUUCGUGGUCGCUCACAGGAAAUAUUCUGGCUGUUGCGGAUGGGAACAACUCUGUUACGCUCUGGAGAGAAGCUGUAGAUGGAGACUGGCAGCAGGUCACGAUGGUGGAUUAA